AUGCCGAAACCGACACCCGUCGAAGAUCUCGUGGUCCCUCCGCAGGACACGAAAAUAUGCGGAACCAUCUGCAUCUGCCAGAUGACAGCUGUCCUCAGUGCAGUGUCACUGGUAUACUUAACAGUCGCGAUCUACAUGCCGUACACAAGAGCCAUCGCGUCCGGGAUCGACCCUACCCCUAUUAUGUGCACAACAACAAGGGCAAUUAACAAAGACAACUGUGACUGGGGCUCCUGCGGUGAAUGGUGUCUCAGCAAGACCUCCGGCGCCUGCAUCCAGAUCUACGUCAAUGUGAGGAAGAAUGGCACGUCUUUACUACUGUCUGAAUGUGGAAGUGCUGCGAACAAAACAUGCUUCGGUAUCGACCAAGAGAAUGCCAAGAAGUACCACUGCAUCAGGGACGAAUGUAGAAACUUGACAGGGACGUUCAACUGUACUGAAGGAAAAUGUAUCAACAUAACAGACGCUUUCGAGUGCGCCUUCAGAGAAACAGAUCCACCUUUAAAAUGUUCUGGGAGAAGAGGGAAAAUAACUUGUAUAGACGUACACGGACUAUUUUCUUGUAACAGAGGCACUUGUAGAAAAAUAAGAACACCUUAUAAUUGUGAUCGUAGAUGCGUCGACAUUCCUACCCGUAAUAAAAACGUGAUAGUAUUGAGUGGGGACAGAGUGUUUUUAGCAAGAUGUGCGAAGUUAGUUCAAGAAGAAAAUAACGAAGUGGUUUGGACUGACUCUGGUGAAGAAGUGCUAAUGUUAUCGUGUCACGCAGUUCACAACGGAACGCAAGGAGUAGUUGCCGUAGAUUGUAUCAACGCCGCUUUACUUCCGCGCGUAGAUAUUGCUGACCUGACGAACUUCACGUACCUUCAAUAUUUAUACCAAUCUAGAGCGACACCCAAUCGUGUGAUUGCUCCUUCUGAAGUUGAACUAACUUUAGCGAAUGACAGCCGUUUGAUGAUAAACUUAGAAGGAUGUGUAAACACUCUGGCUGAUGAAUGCAAAGAAUUUUUGAAGGACUAUGGGCGCGAUGGAACUGACCACAACGCUAAAGCACGCUUCCCUUGCUUUUACAUGGAAAAUAGCCCUGACACGGUUGUGGCCAGAUUUGAUCUAGAAACUACGUACCGUCAAUUCUUAGUUGCUUUGGUUCUGCCAACAGUAUUGGUCGUGGUGUCUUGUAUAACUUUAAUGUUGUGUCAACGGACCAUUGAAGUUGGUGAUGACGCUAAGAUGAGAUUUAAGGGGUGCGCUGGCGGUCAAGCCGAUAUGCAGCUGCAUCCAAACGAUCCUGUUUCUCCACUCUGA